AUGAAAAAAGUAGACAAGAAUGAAUCAAAGCCAAAGGUUUCAGAAUAUUUGCCUAGAUGUGGUGUUACUGUUGAUCUAUAUUAUCCAGAGCAAAUGUCAAUAGAUCAACUACUAGAAAUAUUUGAACGUCGAGGUUUCAAAUCUCUAGUAUCCAAUGUAAAUACAUUAGAACAUAUUGUAAAUCUUUAUUAUGAUCAUCUUAUGCCAAAAUGUCAUCGAAAUGAAUGGAUUGAUGAAUUCAUUGAAUCUACAACUAUCCAUCCUUCUAUUGAUGAUGAUGACGGUGAUGACGAUGACGAUGACGAUGAUGAUGAUGAUGAUGAUAAUAAUAAUAAGAGUAAUUUAUCAAAAGAAAAAAUGAACUUAAAUGAUAAAAUCACUAAACCUAAACGAAAUAUAGAUCAUCAUUUAGAUCAUUUAAUUAUUACUUAUGAUGAGAAACGAUUUACUCCUCCUUGUUCUAUUCAAGCUUUAUCAUCAAAAGAACAUCAUCAGUUCAUAUGUAAAACAUCGAAUAGUUUACAUCAAGAUAAUGAUCAUCAUAGUAUACUAUCAUCUUUUCAUUCAACAAUCAAUGAGAACUCUUCAAAUAAUUCUAAAUUUAAUGAUCAUUCAUUGAAAUCAAUGAAAAAACGACCUAAAAUUAAUCGUAAUUUUGAAACCCUUACAAAUAAUGUUUAA